AUGGGCCCCAAGACGGUGACUUGGCUCCAGGGUGGUAGUGAUGAUUUGCAGGUAGGCCUGUAUCCGCAGGAGGCGGUGACAUUCCAGGAUGUGGCUGUGGAAUUCACGCGAGAGGAGUGGCGCCUCUUGGCCCCUCCCCAGAAGGAGCUGGCUUCCAGCUCCCCCAGAAGAUGUGCUCUCUUCUUUGGAGCAGAGCGAAGCCCUGUGGGUGCUGGAGCACGAAGGCCUGAGAAGCUGCUGCCCAGCUCCAGUCUUACUAAACAUCAGAGACUGCACACUGGGGAGAAACCUUAUGAAUGUAAUCAUUGUGGAAAAGCUUUCAAAUGUAGCUCCAAUCUUACUAACCAUCAGAGAAUCCACACUGGGGAGAAACCUUAUAAAUGUAAUCAUUGUGGAAAUGCUUUCACAUAUAGCUCCAGUCUUACUAAACAUCAGAGAAUCCAUACUGGAGAAAAACCUUAUGAAUGUAAUCAGUGUGGAAAGGCUUUCAUGUGUAGCUCCAAUCUUUCUAAACACAAGAGACUGCACACUGGGGAGAAACCUUAUGAAUGUAAUCAAUGUGGAAAGUCUUUUACACAGAAGGCCAGUCUUGUUAAACAUCAGAGAAUCCACACUGGAGAGAAACCUUAUGAAUGUAAUCAAUGUGGAAAGGCUUUCACAUAUAGCUCCAACCUUAAUAGCCAUCAGAGAAUGCACGCUGGGGAGAAACCUUAUGAAUGUAAUCAUUGUGGAAAGGCUUUUACACAAAAGGCCAGUCUUGCUGAACAUCAGAGAAUCCACACUGGGGAGAAACCUUAUCAAUGUAAUCAUUGUGGAAAGGCUUUCAAAUGUAGCUCUAAUCUUACUAACCAUCAGAGAAUGCACACUGGAGAGAAACCUUAUGAAUGUAAUCAGUGUGGAAAGGCUUUUACACAGAAGGCCAGUCUUGCUGAACAUCAGAGAAUCCACACUGGGGAGAAACCUUAUGAAUGUAAUCAUUGUGGAAAAGCUUUCAAAUGUAGCUCCAAUCUUACUAAUCAUCAGAGAAUCCACACUGGGGAGAAACCUUAUGAAUGUAAACAAUGUGGAAAGACAUUCAGUCAGAGCUCUAGUCUUGCUGAACAUCAGAGAAGCCACACUGGAGAGAAACCUUAUGCAUGCAAUCAGUGUGGAAAGGCUUUCACAUAUGGCUCCAGUCUUAGUAAACAUCAGAGAAUCCACACUGGGGAGAAACUUUAUGAUUGCAAACAAUGUGGAAAGGCUUUCAAAUGUAGCUCCAAUCUUACUCAACAUCAGAGAAUGCACACUGGGAAGAAACUUUAUGAAUGUAUUGAAGAAGAAAGGCUUUCACAAGCAGCUCCAAUUUUGCUACCCAUCAGAGAAUCCACAGUGGGGAGAAACCUUAUGAAUGCAAUCAAUGUGGAAAAGGUUUCAGGGGAAAAUCAGAACUUAAAUCUCAUCAGAGAAUUCAUACUCCAUAGAAAUCUUACCACUGACAUGAAUGAGGAAAGGCAUUCAACUGGAGUACAGAUCUUGAUGAACAGCAGCUAAUUCACCCUGGGCAAAAACCAUAUAUGGACUCAACGUAGAAAAAUCUUCAGCCAAAGACCUCUUUACUUUACCUCACAAGAAUUUAUACUUGAAAGAAGCCUUUUAAAUGUACUCAACGGGGACAUAUCCUUCUCUAGAUGAUGGAAGUCACUGGUGAAGAGUUAUUUUUUUCUCACUAUAACAGAAUGGUGAAACAAGGGAAAGUAAUUUGUGUCCACCUAUCAGGUUGCAAAAUAGCCACAGGGGCCAGUAGAGUUGCUUAUAAACUACAGAAUUGUGUGAAAGAAAAGAUAUAGAUAUCCUCCAAAAAUAAAAUAUCUUCAGAAUAAGGAAAGGGACUUGACAAUAUUAUGUCAACUGGGGAAAGAAUGUUUGGUAAAGAGAAGACAUCAGAGUUGUUUGAUCAAGGGUAUAAAAAUUGGGGCAAUUAGGAGAAUUUCAGCCUCCCUCAGGCCACCUAUAUGUAUGUGUUCAGGCUACUGCAUGUAACAAGAAACUUCUUAAUAACUUGAGAUAGUUUCUUCUGCCUCUUGAUUUUUCUGCCAAUCAUGGUUUGACAUGUAACAACAGGUGCUUAAUAAAUGGUUCUCCCCAA